AUGAAUGAAUCGAUCAAGUAUACAUAUCAGUUUAAAAUCAACCUUUGUAUCGACAAACAGACAAAACAUACAACAUGCAACAGAUUCUCAAUCGAACGAAACAAAUAUGAUGAUGUAUGCAUCUUUACAAACAAUUCAAAGCUGAGUCGUUCGGAUAUAGAGAUAUUACUACAGAACAAUAUAGCAAAUAUCAUUUGUAAUGAGAAGGAGAUUGAUGUUCAACUCUGUGCACCAAAUUCAUUGAUGCUUGGUUCAUUCACCAUUGUGAAGGAGUUGUCAAGAGUACCAGCAUCUGUUGGGCGUUCAAUAUCUGGCUUUCAACAACAACAACAACAUGAUGAUCAUAUCACUCAAGAGAAUAUAGAUAAACAAUGGUCGGAUAUUAGCAAUAUACUCAAAGACUUGGAAUAUGCUGGUUAUGUCGAAUCUGAUAAGUUCCCAAAGCACGUUCAAAUAUCAUCAUCGUCAUCAUCAUACAUUUCUCCCGAACUCGAGGACCCAAUUGACAAUAGCGACGAUCAGAUGAAGGACGGAACAAAGGCCAUGCUCACAUCAGAUGAAAAAAGAAAGUAUUUCUUCAAUUCCAAGUCAUCAUCAUUAGCAUCGACAUCCUCCAGCUCAUCAUCGUUAUCAAAGCCAUCUGGAGCUUCCAAAUUCAACCUUGCCCACACUCUACUCCCUGGCCAAGUGAGACUGCCGUCCAUUGGGCUCACAAAGUCAUCACUCUCUCAAACACAGUUCCAAUUCGGCGCCAACAAGAAAGAGUCAUUGCACGUCACCAAUCAAAGUCCCAUGCACCCAGCCAAACCAACACGUCUCAACAACACUAGCAGCAGCAUCAGUAGCAGUAGCAAUGGAAACUCAACAACAAAAACCUUUGAUCAUUUCAGGAAGUUGGCAGAAGCGCCGCUGCCAUCGACCAGGCCAGUCUUCAGGCAACCACAAGAAGAUGAACCUGAGGAUAUUGAGAGUCUCUCUGGGGAAUCAAAGGAUCACAAAGAGCAACAAAACAUAUCAUCCUUACGAUUGGCUACAACCUCAUCCUCCACUUCCUCCUCAUUAUCAUCAUCCACAUUCAAGAAGGACAACACUGGUAUUGGCUAUGGCAACAACAACAACAACAACAAACCUCCAAUAACGAAUAAUAUCAGGAACAUUGCAAGCAGUGUAAACAACAGCAAAAGGAAGUUUGACGAUAGCCACUCGGGACCAGUCCAGCCAUACAAAUCACAUGCCACAUCCACUUCAUCAUCAUCAUUUUCUAGGGAUGACUUGAAUCUAUCCAAGAAGCCUGACUUUUGGUCCACCUUCCUACUCACCAAUAAUGACAAACCAAAGAGAACAAACUUGCUCAAUGAGAAAGGCUUUAAGAACUUGGGCAACACAUGUUAUAUGAAUGCAGUGUUGCAGUCAUUCUUUGGUAUCAACUCCAUCGUGAUGGAUUUGAAGAACAAGGAUUUGUGGAAGUAUCUGGAUGCAGAUGAUACCUCCACGACAACUGCGACGACGACAACAACACAACAACCAACAACUGGCUUGUACUCAUCACUACUGUCAUUGUUGCAAAAGAAGGAGAAUGGCAAAGAGUCGACAAAGACACUGUUUGAUUUCGAGCGAGGCAUCGAUACCAAGUCAUUGAAGCAAGUGAUUGACUCUUUCAAUCCAUACUUCAAAGGCUAUGCACAGCACGAUGCACAGGAGUUCCUAUUGUCACUGAUGGACUUGCUGGAAAAGGAACUCAAGGAUCAAUUGGAGAAGGAGAAUGGUCGACGUAGACAGGCGGCUGCCUCAACAAAGAAUGACAACAACAACGACAACGACAACAACAACAUUAAUAAUGAUGAGCUGGUUAACGAACAAGGCGAACAUAAGGACACACAUGAUGAUGAUAAUCAAACAACAACUACUAUCACUACUACAACGACAACGACGACCGACGACGGCGCCGCUACCACCGACAACAUCAACAAGACGAACAAUAAGUUGAUCAAUAUCUCAUCUACUAUAUCGAGUAUAUGUCCGAUCGCCCGCAACUUUAGAUCGACAAUCACCAAGCUCAUCACCUGUACAAAGUGUAAAGACAUGACAACAACCCUAGAGGUUUUCACGGAUAUCUCACUUGAUAUCUUGCAUUCACCAUCCAAAACCUACGACAUCCAGGAGCUUUUGGAUAUUUAUUUAAAGGAGGAGAGGAUUGAGAGGAAGUGUGAGGUUUGCUCUCAUGGCGAAUCGAUCAUCUCCAAACACUUCUCUGGUGCACCCAAGGUGCUGGCGCUGCACAUCAAGCGUUUCAAACGACAUCCCAUCACAUCAACAAUCACCAAAGAUGCCACUAUCAUACUGCCAGUCGAUCAGAUAUCAGUCUCCAUUACUUCCCCUCGCAAUACCAACGACAUCGACAACUGCAAUGGAAAUGGCAAUGGCAAUGGACAUCAUUCAAAGUCAAUCACUACCAAUGGCUCAAACAGUACCAAAUCAUCAUCAACGCAAAAGACAGCAACAAGAUACAAACUGCAGAGUGUCAUCCAACACAAGGGAGAGUUCAGUCACUUUGGUCACUAUGUAUCAUUGGUCAGGAAAGAUGAAGGCAAUUGGAAGUGUUUCGAUGAUGACCAGGUCAAGGAGGUAUCUGUCACAUCGCUCAACGAGGAGUUAUUGACCAAUGGAUACCUUUACUUUUACACACGAAUGGAAUAA